AUGACAGUCUCUCCUGCUCCCAGUCAAUCCUAUCCUGCUACAUCCCAAAGAUAUCCCGCAAGAUAUAGUCCUCAAACCGUCACAUCUCUGACUCCAGAAAUGGUGAUGUUUGCUGCUAGAUGGAUCGUGUCCGUCUCAGAUAGCAUAGCUAGGGCAGGAAACAGGCCGGCGCGCCGUGAUACUCUUGACUUCUACCUUCUGGAUGGCGCCAGACUGGCAAGUCAUAAGUCCGCGAACUAUCUUCAAGCCCAGACGCGUUAUUGA